AUGUUAGAAGGUGCAAAAUCAAUAGGUGCCGGAGCUGCUACAAUUGCUUCAGCGGGAGCUGCUAUCGGUAUUGGGAACGUUUUUAGUUCCUCGAUCCAUUCCGUGGCGCGAAAUCCGUCAUUGGCGAAACAAUUAUUUGGUUAUGCUAUUUUGGGCUUUGCUUUAACCGAAGCGAUCGCCCUGUUUGCCCUAAUGAUGGCCUUUUUGAUUUCAUUCGUAUUCCGAUUUUUAUUUUCAAAGAAAGGGGAGCUGGCGGGGCCCCCAGUCGAGUAA